CACCUGACGGCAAGGCGGUGGAAGACCACAACAUGUGAUGCACCCCGAGGGUCUCGCACAGUCAGGGUUUUUCUUUUUUUUUUUGUAUUUAAGAUUGAGACCAUGUAGUCACUCAGACAAGCACGUGUCACAGUUGGCUGCACGUUUGCACGCCCACUAUCGGCAAGGAGGGUCUAAUCCCGGACUUUGGGCUGCAGUCGCGCAGAACUCCAAAUACCCCAUCGGAGAGCAUAGUUCAACCGACAUUAUGCCUGUCCUCACCCACCUGCUGGCGUGCCUGUUCGGCAUAGGCUCCUGGGUGUCCAUCCACGGCCUGUGGGUGGAGCUGCCCCUGAUCGUCCCCCACAUUCCGGAGGGCUGGUACCUUCCGUCUUACCUUUCCAUUCUCAUCCAGAUGGCCAAUGUAGGGCCGCUGUUCGUCACACUUAUGCACCGCUUCCGUCCGGGAGCCCUCAACGAGGCAGCCGUCAUUUACGUCAUCAUCGCCGUGGGCACUGUGGCCAGUCUGCUGUUGGGUUUCUUUUGGAAGGAGACGGUCGUGGUGGCGGGUGUUCCUCGCAGUGUAGCUCUGCUCGCGCUCACCUUUUUCCUCGCCACCGUCGACUGCACAUCCUCUGUGACUUUUCUGCCCUUCAUGAUGCGACUCAAGUCUCAGUACCUCACCACCUACUACAUCGGCGAGGGAGUGAGCGGCCUGCUGCCAGCUCUGGUGGCACUCAUCCAGGGUGUGGGUGUGGUGCACUGUGUCAACGCUACUCAGUCUCUGAGUCUGAACCAGACCCUUAACACCACCGAUGCCUCUCCAACAUUUGAACUCUUGGCUCAGCACCAGCCGGCCAACUUCUCAGCGGAGGUGUUCUUCUUCUUCGUUAGCGCCAUGAUGGUGGUGUGCCUGCUGGCCUUCCUGCUUCUGAACCAUCACCCGGCGGUGGCCAGAGAGACACUCAAAGGCCAGUACACCAACGGUGUAAAGGAGAGGAAGUGGGUGGAGGAGAGGCCCAUGAUGGACCCAUACAGACCCUCAAGCCAGACAUGCAGAAGCAGUUUUGGCACUGGGAUGUACAGCUGGAUGCAGGUGUUCUACAUCUUUGGGAUUCUGGCGUGGACCAACGCUCUGACUAACGUAGUGCUGCCCUCGGUCCAGUCGUACUCGUGCAUGCCGUACGGGAACAAAGCUUACCACUUGUCUGCCACCCUGGCGGCCGUGUCCAACCCUCUGGCCUGCUUCAUCGCCAUGUUCUUCCCAAUAAGAUCCUUGUGGCUGAUGGGAGCGUUGACGUUGGUGGGCAGUGGCGUGGGCGCGUUUAUAAUAAGCAUGGCUGCUCUGAGUCCGUGUCCUUUGCUGGUGAAUGACGUCUCUGGUGGAGUCAUCAUGGUGCUGGCGUGGAUAGUCUUCAUUCUCACGCUGUCCUACGUCAAGGUGAUCAUCGGCGUGAUCCUGCGCGACGAGGGCCACAGCGCCCUGGUGUGGUGCGGCGCCGUGGUGCAGCUGGGCUCCCUGCUGGGCGCGGUGGUCAUGUUCCCCCUGGUGAGCGUGCACAGCUUGUUCGCGUCAGGCGACCCGUGCAACACCAGAUGUCCGUGAAGCAGGCGGGCGCUUGGCGGAAGGUCAGUUUGGAACUUUUUAUUUUCCCAGCUGUUCCGUGCUGGAAUGAAGUUAACAUGCGUACCUAAUGGUUAGGGUACCUUUUUGUAAAGUAACGUAAUAUACGACAUAAAGAAGAGGUGCCACCUCUUCUUUAUGUCGUGAAUAUCUAAAAUCUUAGUUGAAUUACAUGUGUAUAGAAAUCCUUCUUGUUUACUUGUAUCAGUUUUCCUUGUGAUUCGACAUGACUCAACACAACUUAUUGUAUAGAGAUCUCUUUAGUGCAAUGUCUGGAAAAUACACAAUAAAUGCAAUGACCAUUAAAUGUGAAAAAGGUCCACAAUAAUGAA